AUGUCCACCCUCGAGGAACUUGACGACCUCGAUCGUAGAGACAAGGACGACAAGAAAAGGGAUGGCGGCUCGGAGCGCGGCAAGCAGGAUGAGCUAGAUGGAGACGAGGAGAUGAAGGAUAAAGAAGAUGAUGCCGACGAUAUCCUGGACGAGGAAAUACUUGGCCUCAGCACACAGGAUAUUUUGACUCGGAAGCGACUGCUAGAGAACGAUUCCAGGAUCAUGAAAAGCGAACUCUCCCGUUUGUCACAUGAAAAAGCAGCGAUGGGUGAAAAGAUCAAGGACAACGUGGAUAAGAUUGCAAACAAUAGGCAGCUUCCAUACCUCGUAGGCAACGUUGUGGAGUUGUUAGAUCUCGAUCCUACCGCAGAAUCCUCCGAAGAGGGCGCGAACAUUGACCUCGACGCAACACGCGUGGGCAAGUCCGCAGUUAUCAAGACAUCCACACGCCAAACCAUCUUCCUGCCGCUCAUUGGAUUGGUGGACUCCGACCAACUGAAGCCCGGAGACCUUAUAGGGGUCAACAAGGACUCUUACCUUAUUCUUGAUACCUUGCCUGCCGAGUAUGAUAGCAGAGUGAAGGCAAUGGAAGUUGACGAAAAGCCAACCGAGCAAUAUACAGAUGUCGGGGGUCUAGACAAGCAGAUCGAAGAGUUGGUUGAGGCUAUCGUAUGGCCGAUGAAGGAAGCUGACAGGUUCAAGAAAAUUGGCAUCAAGGCCCCUAAAGGUGCUUUGAUGUACGGACCACCUGGUACGGGAAAGACAUUGCUAGCGAGGGCUUGCGCAGCGCAGACGGAUGCCACCUUUUUAAAACUAGCAGGACCGCAGCUCGUCCAGAUGUUCAUUGGUGAUGGAGCUAAGCUUGUCCGAGACUGCUUCGCCCUAGCCAAGGAGAAGGCCCCUGCUAUCAUCUUUAUUGAUGAGCUUGAUGCAGUCGGUACAAAGAGAUUCGACAGCGAGAAGAGCGGCGACCGUGAGGUUCAAAGAACUAUGCUAGAACUUUUGAACCAGUUGGAUGGCUUUGCCUCGGACGACCGCAUUAAAGUCCUGGCUGCUACAAAUCGUGUUGAUGUCCUUGAUCCAGCGUUGCUUCGAUCAGGGCGGCUCGACCGAAAAAUCGAGUUUCCACUACCUAAUGAAGAAGCCCGAGCCCAGAUUCUCAAAAUUCACUCUCGGAAGAUGAAGGUCGACCCCGGUGUUAACUGGGGCGAACUUGCCAGGAGCACUGAUGAGUUUGGCGGAGCCAUGCUCAAGGCGGUUUGUGUCGAGGCGGGUAUGAUAGCUCUGAGGUCUGGAAAGAACAAGAUCGGCCAUGAGCAUUAUGUCGAUGCGAUCGCAGAGGUCCAAGCCAAGAAGAAAGACACAGAGCUUGAACGCUGGCUGACAGACCAUGAAAUUCCGUAUCCCAAAGCUUCGGACCGCAAAGACCUAGAGACGUUGGUUCAGGAUCGCUGGAAUGAUAUAAUUGUGCAGCCCUAUAACAGCUGGGAUACUGCUCGACUUAGUUCAUAUUUGCGCGAAAGGGGUGAAGAUGUCCAAACCGCUGUGGAUGAUUCCAAAGACAACCUACUCUCGCAGGUCAAAACGAAUUGGUACGAAUCUGAGGAAGCAGCGCAACAGGCAUGGAGCAACGCUAAAGAUUGGAUUCUCGACACUUGGUCUGAGAGCCAACUGAAGGCCUUCUGCGAUAAACACGGAAUUCCGGCACCACAGCCACGCCAUAGGGAUACUCUCUUGCAAAAAGCUCGUCUUGGAUAUGAAGCAGUUGCCAAAAAGAUGGGUGAAACGUCUGCAUACCCCGGCGACUGGCUCUAUCAGUCCUGGGGUGAGUCUGACCUCAAAGCCUGGCUCGACAAAUACGGUGUUCCCAUCCCUCAGCCUUCUACUCGCGACAAGCUUGUGGCAUCUGUUCGCCGCAGUUCUAGGCUGGCGUACCUGAAAGCUCAGCAGGAAGCUGCCAGGGCGACGGCUAGCGCGCAAGCUGCAUAUGCCACAUUGACGGACAUGAUAAUUGAUGCAUGGGGUGAAUCACAGCUUAAAGAAUUCUGCGACAAGAACAACAUCCCUGUUCCGCAGGGAACAAAGGAGAACGAGCUCCGAGCCUUGGUUCGGAAAAAUCGAGCCGACAUUUUGGGAGACAACGUUCGAGGAAAAGCAAGCUCGGGAUUUGGAGCCGCCACCUCGAAUGCCAGAAAUGAGUAUGCGAGAGCAACCGACAGUGCCUCUCUGGCGGCCGAAGACGCGUUCAACCAAGCAACGGCCAAGUGGUCAGAAAGUCGCCUGAAGGCUUACCUGGAUGCUCGCGGAGUUCCCGUCCCACAAGGGUCGAAUCUAGAUCAUUUGCGAGCUCUCGUUCGUAAGAAUUCGCACAAGGCCGCGUCGGGCUGGCAGGCUUGGUCAUUUGACGAUUUCAGCUACUCGAACCUGAAAGAGUACUUGGCAAAGAAUGGCAACGCUGCGGCAAAACAGGCAGCUAAGAAGAGAGAUGCCUCCAGGGAGGAACUUGUCAGUGCUGCAGCUUCUGCGUAUUCAUCCGCCUCACAAGCUGGCGGAAGUCAAUUUGCCUCAGUCACAAGCUACCUUGCUUCUGCCACGGCAUCUGCGGGACAGCGUGCAUUCGACUCUUGGACUCAAUCAGAACUGAAGGCAUACCUUGAUAGCUGCGGUGUGGCGGUGCCUCAGGGUUCCAAGCUGGAAGAGCUUAGAGCAUUGGCACGUAAGCAGUCGACAUAUUUCAAAUAUGGCACGUCAUCACCGUCCGGGACCGUAUUCGCAAAGUUGGGAGACGCCGCUGUGCAAGGGUGGAGGUGGGCAAUGGGCCAACUCAGGCUUGGAAGCGACGCUGCACAGGAAAAGGUCAAGGUUGCCAAGGAAGAGCUGUGA